AAAAGAAUAAAGAGUAAUUUCUCAAAUUGAAUAUCAUCAUCAUCAUCCAUUUUUAAAAAGGAAAAACAGAGAGAAUAAAUCGGCAAGUGACGGGUUGUGAACACUACAUUUCAACUCUCUCUUGAAUCACCCUCUUUUCUUCUCAUUUCACCUUCAAUUCAGUCGGGUGCUUUCUUGUUGGUGUUAGAGAGUCACCAAUGAGCUCCAUUAUGCAGAGCUUUCAAAAGAGCCGAUCACUCCCCCUCUCUCAAACUCAAUCCAAAGAGCAAGCGGCAUUGCCAGCCCUACGAAGAAGGCUUUCCUCUUUGUCUCUUAAAUUACAUCCUUCCAUCUCUUCGCCAUCAGCGCCGUCAUGGGCCUUCCCCAGAUCCAAGUCUUUGUCUUCCAUGGGAGACUAUGCUGGUAGCUCCAUCAGGAAAUGGUGGGACUGGGGAUGGUCUUGGGUUCUUUCCAGAAAACCCAUGUUUGCUCAAGACCUUGAAAUGAAUGAAGAAGAAACUAGGGUUCUAGGAUGCCACAACAAAGGCAGCUGGAGGCAUGUUUUCUACAAGCUAAGAUCCGAGAUCAAGAAACGCAUGGGAUCUGACAAAGUUGGCCUCCCACAAACUUGCAGGUGCGAUUCUUUAUCCUACUCCAAGAAUUUUGGGGUUGGAAACAAAAUCUACGGUUGAUGGUUUGGAUUUUUGGAAUGCUUCAAUGGAGGUGUUCGAAGAAAGUCCUAAACGGGAAAUUAAAUAAGCAAUGCAGUGCUUCAAGGUUCAGAUCAUCACAUCAUCAGAGUCUAGAUUUAUAUAUUCUUCCCGCCCCCGCCCCCCCCCCCCUUCUGCCUCUUGUUUUCUUCUUUCUUGAGUUGUCAGCUUUUCCUUUUUCUUAUCAUAAUCCAAGUGAUUGGUGAAAAAGAUAAACAAUAGCAUGUAGUUAACUUGUUUUGUAAUAUAAUAUGGUUUUGCUUGGAAGAGCAGAGUUAAAAACUCCUCCUUGUUGGUUUACUCCAAUAAUUACAAUCUAUAUGGCUAUGGAGUGUACCUUCGAAGUUCAAAGAGGAAAGUUACAGAAACAGGGUGAAUUUACUGUGUCACUCAGCAUCUGUUGGCUACAAUCCAAGAUGUCAUUAGAGUGUAAUUUUUGUUUUUGUUUUUUAAUUUCAUUUUUUUUCAGCUUCAAUUGCAUAAUCAUUACAAGUAUUGUGUUUCUUUUA